AUGACAACUUUGUCGCAACAUGCAAGUAGAUAUGCAUUGCAUACAGGAAUACUUCUUCAGUUCGCUUCUGCUUCUGCUGUCUUAUGUUGGGAACAGGCAAAAGGUUCUCAUACAGCAUCCUUAGACGUUGAAAGAAGUUCAUGUGAACGAGCAAUGAAUGACGGAAAUGCUUGCGAUUUGUCAUUUCUUCAUCACUUGUCGUUCACGACUAAACCGCUUUGCGGUGGGAAUUUUUAUUAUUAUUUGAAAGACAAAAUCGAGAUUCCAACCAGACCGGUGUCUAACGAUGAUCUAAAAGUCUUUGGCAAGAUGAAAGAACGCUGA